UAGUAAUGAACCCAUCCAUGAUUUUUCUGUGGGACCAGAUGGAACAGUUAUUACUUCCGAUAGUGUUGAAGACUUAUAUAUUAGAAGUAACAUUGAUUCAUGGAGGAGAUUGAUGGAAGCUAUUUUCAUAGCAAUAUUUCCAUUUGCGAUUAUAAUAAGGUUUUUACUACAGAUAAUUCCAAUUUAUUUGUAGGUAGUUAUUAUAAUAACGUAUACUCCUUGGAAAUACUUGACAGAGGCACCUAUUAUCAGAUUUCCUGUGCUUUUCAUGAUAAAUCAUUGUGGUUCAUAGGUUCUGGACAUUAUAUUUAUUUAUAUAUCAAUAAUUAUAAAAAAAUUAUUCGAUCAGAAGUUCAAUUUAAACAAAUUAAAGCGCUCUCUGAACAACAUGCGAUUGGAAUCGAUUAUAAUUAUACCUUAUGGGAAUAUAUUAAUGGUACUUGGACUUGGAUCAGGAAUAAUGUUAGAACUGCAUCUAUUAAUCAUAAUGGUGAUAUUUUUUACAUUGAUAAUAACAAUUUUAUUUAUAAAAUAAGUAAAAAUUAGUUUGAAGGUUUUUGGGUAUUAUUAUUUUUAUUACCAACAUUAUUAUGUUAUUUAUUACAAAAAAAAAUUAUUAUUUUAUCAGAGCAUUCUAAUUAGGAUAAAAUCUUGUAUUGAAG